GCGGAGAAGACACGUCGGUCUCCGCCUUUUUCCUGUGCGCGGCUGCAGGAGCGGCCCGCAAACUUACUACACCAACAACAUAUUCAAGGAUACGCUGACAAGCUAAUCAUUUCUCCAUUAAUCUAUAUUCGAAAGUUAUAAGGGGAAAUGGAUUCUCCUCUCAUUUCUCCCGCCAAGGCUCGGCAGGCAGCCAUCCAAGCCAAAGACUGGGCCUAUAUUAACUCCUGGCUCAGCCGCAAAUAUUCGCCUAACAAUGUGCCUACUUUCGAGCGCAACGAAGACACGCUGAAGACGUUACUGGCGAUUGCUGCCGCUAAUGACGCAUCAGAUGAGGAAGCAGCUUUGGUGCACCGGGCGCGUGAAGAAGUGGUCAAGGCUCUCAAAGAGAGAGAACAGAGCGAGCAUGCACUUAAAAAGAGCAUCUUUGAGAACAUAGAAGCUCAUCUAGACGCUAAAGGAGAAGAAAGCCUCAACGAUAUGGCGGAGACGGCCGUUGCUUUGGGCAGCUUCUCGAGCGAUACUACGGAGCUGGCACAUGCCAUUAUGGAUCUUACUCGAGAGGAGUUUGAUGCCGCCGAUCAAGUACGCAAAGUUGAAGCGCUGCAAAGCUAUCUCGACAAGGAAAUAGAUUCAUCACGCCAAGAAGCUGAAGAGCUGAAAACACACCCGGCAUAUGCAACGCCUGCAGAGUUGUCUUCGCAGACGAUGGAGUGGAUUCGCAGUUUUAAACUUCUUAGUGCUAAAGUGCUGGAGUACCGGGAUAGAGCCGCCUCACUUCAAAGGAGCCUGAACACCAAUGGGCUGACAAUCCAAGAUCUAGUUGACGAAGAGGAGAAGGUGCUCAGUCUCAAAGAAGCGAUUGAUCAAUUAGGGCGCAACAUCAAGGCCUUCCACGACCUGCCCCCUAACGUGGAAGAUGCAAGUAAUGAGUACAAGCGAGUUGAAAGGGAGCUUUUUGAUCUCACUCAAGAGCGUGAUCAAAUGUUCGAGAAAGCUAUAUCCGCUGAAAGAUGAUGUAUUAUCAGAGCUACGUUAAUCAUGCAAAUAUUGAUAGCUAAUUUCCACUAGUGGUAUAAUACAUCAUGUCAAGUAAGGUCAUAGCGGGUCGUGUAGAACCCCGGGCCAGUGAUGGUCAAGAUGCACAC